AUGUCCGCCAUCCUCUCGCCUAGGCCGCGCCGAGCAUCGUUCGACCCCUCCCAGCCUCUUGAAAGGCCUGCUCCGCUGCUUUCUCCGCCUAUCUACCUCUCGACCGACAUUCCUCGGUCCACAGGCCUCUUCAGCCCUCCUAGACUCCUGUCUCCGAUUAAUAUCGCUGCCCCAAGUAUACACAAGUCUAACUUAUCCAAGGCCUCAUCCUCAUGUAGCUCUACAAAGCGUCGACGUACUCACGCUACCUCUUCUCGCUCUUCUCGCCGUCGGCAAGCUCGUUCAGACCUAUCUACUGCUUUUGGCCCCUCUGUCUUCGAUUCCCUCCCUUGGAUUUCACAGGUAGAGUGCGACCCAGAGCGCGUUGACGUCUGGGACGUGGCCGAUCUGUCAUUACUCCCCGACGAGUCACCGCGUUCUCAUUCCCAAUCCUCGAGCGUUGGUCCAGUGCGUCACCGACGGGUCUCUACGCGUUCUAGUACAGCGCCCGGCAGUAACAUCUCAGCAGAACCCAUUUCACUCACCUCCAUCGAUGUCAGCAGCAGUGUGUGGCCCCAGAUGCCACGCUCCCUUCGGCAUUCGCCUCGCACGCCCCUGCAGGAGUUCCCACAAGAGCCGCUCCUCCCGCAGCUUCUUCCGGCAGCAGAAAUUCAGCGUUCUGCUUACGAUCCACGCACGCCACCGCCGACCUACAGGUUUAAUCCACAGAACGUAAACUUCCACCACUUGAUGCCCGUCUUUCCUUCUGCCGGACCCGAGCUUCCACCUCCGCCCACAGAGCUGGCACGGAUCAUGUCUCCCGCGUCACCUCAACCUCAGCCUCUGUGAACCCGCCUGCCCCAUCUCCGUAUUUGCAGCAUCCGUCUUCCUACCGGCAUCACAGAAAUGACUUAUUUAUCUCUAUUGCAAGUCUUUAUAUCUUGAAGGACGGAUGAACGUCCUCGAAUCGAUCGCUGUAGCACCCAGCCGUGCUAAGGAUUAGAAUCAACCCUCGCCGCGUCCCCGGCAUCACCAUGUCAAGCAGACAUCUAUAUUUACUCGCAUCUCGACUUCCCAGCCAGCAAACAAACAAGUACUUUAAUCUUUGUGAGCUACAGCACACAAUCAUCAGCUCGUGCUCCGCUUACAGACGUGUAUCAAUAGUUUCGUUCUGCGUCACUCACCUCAGACUGUACGAUAGUCUCUGCGUCGAGCUCUCCAAGUUUCUCAGCCUCGUUCUCGGAAUGCGAUUUCUCCCAAACCACCUCCAAGCCCUCUCUUUUUCCGUGUCAUAAACUCGGCGGGCAUAUGGCGCUGCUCCAUUUAUGUACUUCGCCCCAUUGGAUCUCAACGGCUUCAGCUCAAACAUCUGCGCCGCAGCCCUGCUCCGUCUACUUUGUGUCACAUCCCCUGCACCUUCGUCGAGGCUUCGCACCUCCGUCCACAUCUCCGUGAAAUUUCUCAUCUCGAUACGUCGAGUUUGCCUAAUACGACGGCGGUGUUUGAUUUAUUCUUCACAUAUUCUUCUAUUACCCAUCUCGCGUUCUUUGCGUAUGCUCUGCUGUUGCACCCUUCUCCUCUUUUUGUCCUUCCUGCUGCGCCAUAUCUACUUUACAAUUCUCUCGCUAGCAUUAUGUCUCAGUCUCUCU